AUGGCCGCACGAAGCACCGAACAUGCUGAUAUUUUUGGCGUAGAUUCAGACGAAGAAAUCGAAAAUGAAGUGACACAGCCCGUGGUUGAGAGCACUCAAAAUGCUGAACCAGCGACGGAAAUCAAUGACGAAAGCGGCGAAGAUCAUCUGCCCCACAUUCCGCGCCGCGAAGUCACUGAAGAUAUGAUUGAUCCGGAGCCAAAGCGUCAAAAAAAGAAGCACAGUGAGCCAGCGCAAGAUGAUACCGAAGUUCGUAACGAUGAGACGAAUAAAGAUGAAGAGGAGCCAUUAAGUGGGAAAGCGCAAAUCCGUGCACAAGUGGAAGCGCGCAUUGAGGCAGCACUCAAUUCAAACAAGAGAAGAAAUACUCGUCGGCGCAAAACGGGUGAUGAUGAUCUUGAGUUGAUGGCUGAUGAAGAAGUGUCUGCUUUACGAGCCGAAAUGUUGGCUGCGGCGGACGAGGACGAAGAAGCGAAUCGCUUCAGGCAGCCAGCCACCGCAAAGCUUCGUCUACUUCCGCGUGUGGUAAGUACGUUACAAAAAACGCACUUGCAACAAGCCAUUAUGGACAACAACUUGCUCGAGGGCGUCAAGCGAUGGCUGGAGCCAUUGCCUGACCGUAGCUUGCCUGCUUUGAAUAUCCAAAAGGAACUAUUUGGGGUACUGGAAAACAUGUCCAUCGAUACAAUCAGCUUGAAGAUGAGUGGACUUGGCCGUGUGGUAGUAUUUUACACAUUAUGCAAGCGUGUCGAACCUUCUAUUCAUCGGGUGGCCGAGCAUCUCGUUGAAGUAUGGACCCGGCCGGUUCUAAAGCGCUCGGCAUCGUACCGUGAUCGGCAAGUGGCGCAAGCAGAAUGGCACCAGAACUCGCCACAUAAUCCUUCAAGCCAACUCCAUGAAUCGGCGUUUGCCACGGACAAAAAUCGCCGUCAUGUGGGCAUCCCUCAGUCAGUCACCACUGGAUUCCAGGUGGCACCUCGUAAUCGUGGGUCGGGCGGCGCGAAUGAACACGAGUACCAAUCGCGCCUGGCAUACAACCAGCGACUGAAUCGGUUCAAGUCGAGGCUGAAAGAGGCCAGGCAAUGA